AUGUCACUACAAUCUCCGCCGAAGGAGGUCUUCAAGCCUUCCAAGGGGAGGGGCAAAGGCGCCAGGCGCGUCAGCAAUCUCUCGGAAGAACAGCGGAACAAGAAGCGCGAGAAUGAUCGGAUAGCGCAGCAAAACAUCCGGCGCCGCAAUAAGGAGUUGAUUGAGAGCCUCCAGAACGAGGUUGAGACGCUCCGGCAGCUGAAGCAGGUGCAGACGGGGAUAGCACUCAUGAACCGGGUCAAUGAACUGCAGGCCCAGGUGCGAGAGCUGCGUGCGUCACAGAAGGCUUCCCUCAUACACAGCGGGAGGCAGUAUCCCUCCCCAGUGUUCGAGGCGGAAAGGCUGCCGCCGGGCGCCGGACACUCGCCCGGCGAGUAUAGCAGCGUGUCGCACAGUUUCGGGUCUCCCUACCUCCCGAGCGCGCACCCGUACGACCACUGGCCCAGCAGCGUGGUGCCCGCCCCUUCGGUGGUUACGGUGAACUCGGUGGCCUCGAGCCCCGGCGCAUCUGGCACCGGCGAGGAGUUCACGCCGGGAUACGCGCACACGAGCGUGCCCAUGAUGGACGGAGCCGUUGUGGGCAGAAACACGUCCCCUCCGGACGCCGAAUCCGGCAAAGGAGAGUACGGAGGGAUUGACGCAGGAGCUUCUCCCGGGAGAGGAUUCUCGAGCCACAAGGCCCCGCACUCUUCGUCCGGGUACAUACCAGAGUCUCCCUGGCCUGUGUACCCAACGGGCCCUUAUUACGCACAAACGGCCCUCUGA